AUUCAGCUAACUUGGAUGCAAAACUAUCAGUUCGGUUUGCUCCAGCGUUCCAAUAAGACUUACAAGAUGAAAUCCUCAAUUUUUUCAAUGUGCCUUGCACUGCUCCUGAUAAGUCCUUCGUGCUUGGGAUAUACUAACGAAGAACGUGAAGCUGACGGCCGUAGAAUUGCUGAAAUCAUGCGAACCUCUCCGGAUGACCAGUCCAAAAUCAAUAAUACCCAGGAAUUGCUUGACAUAUAUAGACGUUUACUCCCUAGUUUGACUCCAGAAGAAAGGGCAAACAUCGAUAAGUUAAUAAAGGAGCAUACAGAUGAAGUGAUAAUAGACGGAGUUCCGAGUCAAGGCGGUGCGAGCAAGUACAUUGGGAAAAUCCUGACUCCAGUUAUGAAGGAAUUGGGUUCUGGAUUCUUUCAAGAACUCGGUACGCAGCUUGGUCGUUUAUUCUCCUGGUAGUCUUCACUAGGUUCUAAAACUUCAACAAAAGAAUUAUAAACUUUUUAAAAUUUGUCUAGGUUUAUUAACUAAAAAAAUGGAAUUCCAAAAUGUUAAUAGUUGUGUGUAAAAUUUCUAACAUGUAAUUUCAAAUAAAAUUUGUAAAGAAUUGACUGUCUAA